CAAGAAAGCUAAGAAGAGGAUUGAAGGUGCUAAUUCCAAUGUCUUCUCCAUGUUCGAGCAGGCCCAGAUCCAAGAGUUCAAAGAGGCAUUCACCAUCAUGGAUCAGAACCGGGACGGCUUCAUCGACAAGGCUGAUCUCAGAGACACCUUUGCUGCCCUCGGGCGCCUGAAUGUGAAGAACGAGGAGAUCGAUGAGAUGAUAAAGGAGGCACCCGGCCCCAUCAACUUCACCGUGUUCCUCACCAUGUUUGGGGAGAAGCUCAAGGGUGCCGACCCGGAGGAGACAAUCCUGAAUGCAUUCAAGGUGUUUGAUCCAGAGGGGAAAGGCCUGAAAUCUGCCUACAUCAAAGAAAUGCUGAUGACGCAGGGGGAGAGAUUUUCCCAGGAAGAGAUCGAUCAGAUGUUCGCUGCCUUCCCUCCGGACAUGUCUGGCAACCUGGAUUACAAGAACCUGGUCCAUGUCAUCACUCAUGGUGAAGAGAAGGACUAGCCCAGGCCCAGGGCUGGGGCUGGCACUGCAGGAUCACCUCUCCCCAGGUCACACAGGGGUUCCCUUUCCUGUUUCCCCGGAGAAGCAUGUGCCUGGGAAUUUGGCACAGGAAUGGCAUUCACAUUAAACGGCCUUUUGGCAAGAGGAAACCCAGCUGCUGGUGUGAGCAGUGCUUGGGCUUGUGUGAUGUGUCUGUGCCCCGCGGGAGCUCUCAGAUCCUUCCAGAC